UCUGAGUGGUUUCCUCUCCAUUGUAUCUCAUGAUCAAAACCUGCAACAGAGCCCUGGUGAGAAGGGUGUGAUAAUAGUACGGUUUUGUGGUUGAUGAGUGAAAAUGCCUUUGCUGCACUAUACAGUAAAGUAAGAAGUAGAUUCCUACAACAGGGGCACUGCCUUGUUUGAGUAAAAGCCCAAAAAAGUUUCUAAUAAAUGCCUUUCUUGACGGGCUACAUAUUAAGUCAUUCAGAUUUUGGCAGGAAGAACACUCAUUUUGGUGUGUCAAAUGACAAAUUAAGACCACAAAAUUUACCAGCUAGUUUCAAAAACUAUUUUGGCCCUGUGCUUGUGGACGCUUCGUGAUCUCAGUUGUCCAUGUGACUUGGUUUCCGUUGCUUGCCUGCCUGCUUCCGCAAAUAGUAAAGUCUCAGUUCAGAGCAUUUGCUUCCACGUAUGAAGAAGCACACAAGCGCCGUCAGCUACGCCGACAGCCAGAGACAUGGUCAGGACCUCACCGGUGGUGACGACGGACACCCACACCUAGCCGCCAGGUGAGGAUGUGAAGAUGGUUGUCUUCCUCCCUCUCCUCCUCCUCCUCCUCCUCUCAGGCCAGCUGGUGCAGACCAGCUCCCAUCCUCACCCUGACUCCUGCAGACUGGUUCAGACGGCAGCUCUCUGUAACCACGGCCAGCUGUCCUCGGUGCCCCUCGGCCUGCCUGGCUUCAUAGAGGAGCUUCAUCUAAACCACAAUCACAUCCAGACGCUGCAGAACGGCCCCAGCUACCCCGCCCUCCACACCCUCAGCUGCCCUGACAACCAGUUAGAAACAGUGGGCUCCAAAUUCUUCUCCCACACACCUCUCAUUGAACACCUCAACUUUGCCGUCAACAACCUUCACGUCGGGUACCAGGAAACCAGCCGCGCGCUGACGACGCUCUCGCAGCUCCGAGUUCUGGAUCUCUCCGAUAACGGCCUGACGGAGGACAUGGCCUCAGUACUCCUCCAGAACCUGACCCGGGUGGAGCACCUGAACCUAUCCAGGAACCUGCUACUGCGGCUGGACGAGCGGUCCUUCAGGGACAUGCACCAGCUCCGGGAGCUGGACUUGCAGAGGAACUCUCUGUUUGAGAUUGACGGGGGCUUCCUCCACAUGCGCAGGCUCCAAAGACUCAACCUGGCCUUUAACUAUCUGCCUUGCCUGCUCAACUUCCAGAUGGUUCAGCUGCUGGUCCUGAACGUCAGCCACAACUCCCUAGAGUGGUUCAUCUCCAACCAGGACCUGGAGGAGACGUUCCAGCUGGAGACCUUAGAUUUGUCGGACAACAGGCUGCUGUUCUUCCCCUUCCUGCCCACCCGCAGCCACCUGCGAAACCUCCACCUCUCCAGGAACAGGCUGAGCUUCUACGAGCACCUGGACAGCAACGCCACCUCCAACUGGACCACCAGCAUUCACUUCUACAAUCUGGGCGGCAACCUGAGCGGCGUGAUGGCACGGCUCUGGUCAGAUGACCUGCACGGGGACAUCUCCUCCCUGGAGCUGCUGGACCUCAGCUGGAACCAGGUCUCCUACCUGCCCCAUGGCUUUGUGGGCAGCAUGCCCAUUCUGACCCGGCUGAAGAUGGGGACCAACUGCUUGGAGGUGCUGGACCUCUCCAGGGAACAGCUUCCAGGGAGUUUAUACGAGCUGGACCUGAGUAACAACCUACUGACGGAUCUUCGUGCCAGCGGGGGUUCUGUGGGAGAGCUGGGUAACCUGACAUACCUGAACCUGAGCCAAAACAGCCUGCAGAGACUCCCCUCCUGGUGGUUCUCCUCCUUGCCCAGCCUGGUGUCUGUGGACCUAAGCAGCAACCCUGUGGGGGUCUGCCCGUCUGGGCACCAGGACGACUCCUCCUGUGUCGUCUGGAGGAACAUUCCCUCCCUGAAGCAGCUGCAACUGGCAGGGUGCCACCUGGGGACACUCCCAGAUUCAGCGUUCUCAGGUACUCCCCUUACACACUUGGAACUGUCCAACAAUCCUGAACUCAUCAUCCAGCCCACAGCCCUACAGGGCUUGAGCAGAACUUUACAGCAUCUGGGUUUAGGGAACACAGGCCUGCGAGACUUUGACUUCUCCCAUUUCCACCAUCUCAAGUCAUUAAACCUUUCAGGAAACUCUCUCACACGGCUCCCAGACUCGUUGCUGAGUCUUCAGUUGACAUGUCUGGAUCUGAGGAACAACAGACUGAGCUCUCUGACCGCCAGCCAGGCUAGCUCGUUAGCCUCCAGCCUCCAGACUGUUCUGCUCAACGGGAACCCGUUCAACUGCUGUCGGUUGGACUGGUACUGGACGUUUGAGAGGACGGAAGCACUCAGGAUGGUUGAUAGCUGGGACGUCACAUGCCAGGACUUUGAUGAGCAGACUCACAGGGUGCAGCUGCUCAGCUCUCCUUCGUGUGAGUCUGAGGGGGAGGAGUCUGUCUUCUGGUACGUGCUGCUCUUCCUGUCCGUCGCUCUCUCACUCGUCGGCAUCUCAGCCCUCUGCCUGCUCACCUUCAGGCCCAGAACACUGCCCAGAGCCAUCAAGAAGAAAUGUUGGAGGCCCACACCUUACUAAGAUAACGAGUCUUUGUCAAAUGCUGUUGUGUGUCAGCCACAUUACAGUGAUGCAUGGCAUUAUAGUGUACCCAUGUAUGAAUUAUUUCCUUGAUUGAUAACAGUGGAGAAAAAAUAAAUAAA